GCGCAGUUCGCGCGUCCUCCCUUCGCGCCGUCCAUCCACCAUGUUCUACCGCCUCGCUUGGUCUCAUAACCAGAAGAUACGCCUCCAAAAAGCCCAAGGGCAAAGGCAAGGGUAAAGAAGAGCCCUCCAAGGCAUCGAAGUCGCGUGAAGGGGGCGGCGACAAGUACAUGCGCUCGACCGCGUCUCUCAUCCCCGCCUCGCAAAAGGCUGUCUCGGACGCGGCGCAGGCCGAGUAUGACAAGUGCAAGGAGCGGAUGGACGCCGCUAUCCAAUGGUUUCGCAAGGAAUGCGCGACGUUAGAGGGUCGCGCGACCGGCCGCGUAACGCCCGCAUUGUUGGCGCCCAUUCGGGUGAAGAUACCAGGUGUCGGUGAGGGGCUGAAGAUGGAAGAAGUGGCCACCGUCGGCGUGAAGGACGGAAGCAUGCUUGUGGUCACCUUGUUUGAGGAAGGCAGCUACAAACACGUCGAAGACGCCAUCCUCUCAGCUAGACUGCCUGGCAUUACCCCACAGAAGUACGAUACCCGGACUAUACGCAUCCCCAUACCCAAACCUACAGUGGAGGCCCGCGCUGCGCUGUAUACUACCGCUGCCACUCAGGCCGAGGACGUGCGCAAUCAGAUACGCAAGCAUCGCAUCACCGCUGUCAAGCACGGCGAGUAUGACAAACAUUCUGAGGAAUUCGAAGCUUUCCAGAAGUUGGCGGAUAAAUCUAUCGAGGAGGUUGACAAGAUCCUUGCCAAUCUGAAGAAGGUGACGUCGCCCAAGUAGCCGGUCGGCCUUCUGGCUAGUUCUUUCGCGACGAUUGCACCACUAAGACGCUGGUGAAUUCGUACUACUGUAUAUACUAAGUGGCAGACCCUACUUCUGUGAUGCAACUAAUCAUAUUAAUCUCUCAAAUCAC